AUGGACGAGAAACACAAUCUGCUCUUCGACGAGGGACUUUCCCACUCGCAGCCAACACAACGCCAGCGCCUGUCGAAUCGACCCAAGACAGUCCUGGUCGCCGCUCUGGCCAUUCUCUCCCUUCUCACCUUUCCGAGAUGGAUGUCGUCGUCUUCCUGCUCUCAUGCCUCCAAGGAAGUGACCUACACUGGCGAGAAGAUUUCCUGGAAGCCGUGUGGCGACGUCAGUGGAAGACCGGUUGAAUGCAGCAACAUUGACGUGCCAAUGGACCAAUUCAACGCCACGAACUCUGGCGAUAAAACGUUUAGCAUUCCGUUGAUUCGGUUACGAGGCAAGGACGCGACGAAGAACUUGCUGUUGAAUCCUGGAGGCCCAGGCGGCAGCGGCAUGGAAUUUGUCUUCAGACGCGGUAAACAGCUAUCAGACAUCGUCGGAGAAGGCUACCACCUCCUGUCUUUUGAUCCUCGCGGCAUCAAUGGCUCCAAACCUGUUGCAUCUUGCUACCCAACUGAGGAGGCCCGCAGGCAGCUAUCCUCGGUGGCUGACUCUGAGCUUGUUCAUGACAGUCCCAGUGUGUACGCAUGGACACAGAACUUUGUGAAGGCUUGUGCCGAUACCAUGGGAGAGCACGGUCGGUACAUCAACACGCCACAGGUCGCUGCGGAUAUGAACAGCAUUCUCGAUGCUGUAGGUCAGACGAACAUGUCAUAUUGGGGAUUCAGUUAUGGAACAGUCCUUGGCCAGACAUACGCCACUUUAUUCCCCGACCGGUCCGAACGCGUAAUCAUUGAUGGUGUUGUCAACAACCACAAAUGGUACAGCGCCGAUCUCGACGCCGAGUCGUUCACCAACACCGAAGAUGUUCUUGAGGGCUUCUUCGACGAGUGCAUCAAAGCAGGAAAGAACUGUACCCUCACCCAGCUUGCAGAUUCCAAAGAGGAGCUGGCGAAAUUGGUCUUCAAAUUUUCCAAGGAGCUCAAGAAGCAGCCGAUCAGCGUUUAUAUCAACAGCACUGUAUACGGAACUCUUGACUAUGCUAGUUUGUGGUACAGUGGAAUAUUCCCGGCCAUGUACAAGCCUGCGACGUGGUACAGCCUUGCAGACAACUUGGCGCAGCUACUCAAAGGUAAUGCCACUGCCGCCUGGCAAGCAUACUCAAGCGACAGCUGGGGCAUCGAAGGAGAAGCCAAUCAAUUCGUCACAUUCUCCGACGCUCUCAGCGGGCCCAGAUACUGGACGCAGGACAGAGAAGAGCUCUUGGAGCAAAUCCUCGAAAUUUCCAACCAGAGUCUAUUCGCUGCCAGCGAAGGGGCAGGCUAUUACGAAAGACAACAAUGGGCGAUUCCUCGAACACACAACUACACUCAAACGCGUGGCGUGGAGACUGCUCACCCUCUGUUGAUACUGUCAACAUCCUACGACCCAAUUUGUCCUCUGAUCUCUGCGGAGUCUGCACACGAGUCUUUCGAGGGCUCGCAGAUUGUUGAGGUCUUGGGUUAUGGACAUUGCUCUGUCGCUGUGGCAUCUACCUGUCUUGCGAAGCACGUCAGGGACUUUCUCUACAACGGCACACUCCCUGAUGGGCACACCAAAUGCGAGGUCGAUAGCGCAUAUUUCAUCAAACCAGAAGAGGAUGGCAAGGUCGUUGCUCAAAAGACCUUUACCGAUCCCGAGGAGGAGAAGAUCCAUCUCGCACAGUUACAGUUGGCGAAAGAUUGGCAAUGGCGAAUCUAA